AUGACUGAAGAAGCAAAAGAAAGCAUCUCUACAAAAAGAGGACUCAAACGCAACGAAAUAUUACCUUUUACAUUAGAAUUCCUCCGUGGUCGAUGGUUUGCACUUUUUGCCUCUUUUCUAAUCAUGGCGACUUCUGGUUCAGUCUAUUUAUUCGGAACCUACUCCAACGAGAUCAAAACCACUCUUGGUUAUGAUCAGACAACCAUCAAUCUUUUAGGCUUCUCCAAGGAUGUUGGUGCUAAUGUUGGGAUUCUUACUGGCCUUAUUGCCGAGAUCACACCCACUUGGUUUGUGCUACUACUUGGGGCUGCACUCAACUUUGGCGGCUAUUUCAUGAUAUGGUUAGCCGUGACAGGAAAAAUAGCCAAACCCAUGGUUUGGCAAAUGUGCGUUUACAUGGCUAUUGGAGCCAAUUCCCAGAAUUUUGCCAAUACAGGAGGCGUCGUUACCGCUGUCAAGAACUUCCCUGAAAGCAGGGGAUCUUUGAUAGGUCUCUUGAAGGGCUACGCAGGGUUAAGCGGUGCUAUUAUAACACAGGUCUACUUGGCUGUAUACGGUAACGAUUCAAAGUCUCUCAUCUUUCUUAUUGCAUGUCUUCCCACUGCACUUUCAGUAAUAUUUAUAUACACAAUUCGGACAAUGGGGCCCGUUAAGCAUCCUAAUGAACAUCGAGUCUUCAACCAAUUCCUGCUUCUCUCAAUUGUUUUAGCACUUCUUCUUAUGGUAAAAACUUUAAUAGAGAGAAAAAUCACAUUCUCUAAAGGAACAAAUGCUGUCAUUACCACAGUGCUCUGUUUACUUCUCUUGUCCUCUCUUUAUAUUUCGAUUAGAGAAGCGUUAGUAGUUUGGAACAUCAAGAAACAACCUCCAACUGCCAUAACAAUUGAGCAGUCUAAAUCACAAGUAGUUGAAUCAAGUGAAGAAACUUCAACGAAGCCUACUUCUUCAAAACAGGUUGAUGAAAAGAUAGAAAAAUCAUGUUUCCUUACCGUUUUCGAUAAGCCGGAGAGAGGAAUGGAUUACACAAUUUUGCAAGCACUCACCAGCAUUGAUAUGUUGAUUCUCCUUGUUACCACAAUUUUCGGACUUGGGGCAAGCUUAACUGCAGUAGACAAUUUGGGUCAAAUUGGUGAGUCGCUUGGAUAUGACAAUAGAAUAGUGACUACUUUUGUAUCAAUUAUUAGCAUCUGGAAUUUUUUCGGGAGAGUUUUUUCUGGAUUUGUUUCCGAAAUUCUGAUGGUAAAGUACAAGCUUCCACGGCCACUCAUGAUGACGAUGGUGCUUCUUUUUUCAUGCAUUGGCUAUCUCUUGAUUGCCUUUCCAUUCCCAGGUGCACUGUAUAUAGCAUCAGUUAUAAUUGGAUUCACGUUCGGGGCACAACUACCAUUAAUAUUUGCCAUUAUAUCUGAGCUGUUUGGCUUGAAGUACUAUGCUACAUUGUUUAACUGUGCCCAAAUUGCAAGUCCUCUUGGAUCAUACAUAUUUAAAGUGAAGGUUACGGGUGCCAUCUACGACACAGAAGCAUUGAAGGAUGUUGCAGCCAAAGGCUUAGCAGUGAAACAAUUGACAUGCAUUGGCAGUCAUUGUUACAGACUGUCGUUUAUAAUACUGGCUUCUGUUAGCUGCUUUGGAGCCUUGUGUUCUCUAAUUCUGGUGAUGAGAACCCGAAAGUUCUACCAAAGCGAUAUUUACCAGAAGUUUAGAGAAAAAACUGAUACCUUAUGA